UGCACACUCUCAAGUUUCAAUAACAUCAUCCCCGUAUCUUUCAAUUCGCAUCAUCCCCCCUAAUCAAAGCCCUAAUUUUUCAACUCAUCUUCCACUUCUUCCCAAAUGUAAUUGAUCUUCAGCUGUGAAGAUGAUGCUAGUUCUCAACUGAAUUAGGGUUACAAAGUGUUUGGUUUUGUUGAAGGUUGUUCAUAUGGAAACCGUAAAAGGUUCGGAAACCGUCAUCAAGGGUUUAGGGAAAGAGAAAUGCGUUGAGUCUGUGUUUGCACCAGUUGUAGAAAGGGGGUGCAUUGACCCGUGUGAAGUCAACGGUUUUGACCCGAUUGAUUCGAUUAGUCGUGGAGGUGUUAAUAUUAAAGGUAUUUCACUUUUUGUUGAGUUAACCGGUGGAGUGACAAGUAAAACGGAGCGUGAAAGCGUACAAGAUGUUGAUCAAAACGAGUUUAGGGUCAAUGUUAAAUCGGAAUGUGAAAGCGUAUGCAAUGUAGGUCAACACCAGUUUAGGGUCAAUGUUAAACCGGAGCGUGAAAGCGUAAUCGAUGUUGGUCAACACGAGUUUAGUGUCAACGUGGGUGAUCUUGUGUGGGCGGUAAUCAGGAAACCGAACAAAUCAUCAUGGUGGCCUGCAGUUGUUUGUGAUGGUUCUGAUGCACCUAAAGCUGCAAACGGGCCGACAAGAGAAGAUGAUUAUUUACUUAGGUGUUUUGGUAACGGGAGUUAUAUUUGGUGCGCUGCAUGUGAAGUGAAGCCGUUUGUUGGGUAUUUUGACCAGUUACCUAGUCAAAGUACAGCGAAAAAGUUUCUUGACGCGUUAGAUAAGGCUGUUGCUGAACUUGGUCACCGUGUGAAAACCGAGUUCACUUGUUCGUGUUUCCGCAAGAUGAAAAUAGAGAAAGCCGGUAACUUUGGUGAUCUUUCGUUGACCCGAUUUGAACCCGCGAAGUUUCUUGAUUAUAUUAAAGAUCUUGCGAAAGUUAUUUCUGUUCCUAACAAGAUUGAUUAUGUUGUCAAACAGAGUUGUUUAUCUGCUUUUUAUCGCUCAUUAGGGCAUCUCCAAAUCUCGAUGCAUCAGCUCGAAAUGACCCUCGGGAGUCCAUCGGAGGUAAAAACCGAAGAGGAAAACAGGUAUUUUUAUUACGAUUUUGAAAAAUCUGAAAAAACGUUCGAGACGAGAGAAAGAAAAAAGAGCAGAUUUCUUUUGUAUCCAGGAGAAUGCGGAAUUGCAGGGUCGAUGGAAGAUGUUAAUGAAGGAGUUGACUUUAGUUUGACUAAUGGUCAAAGUCAACAAGUGAAGAAGCCACGGAAGAAGUGGACCAAAAAGAGUAAAGGGGUACAACUACAAGCGAACGUAUGUUCAUCCGAGGUGCUUUCGCAGCUUCGAUUUGCCGCUCAAGACUGUUGUUUUCCAUCCGAAAGUAAGAAUUUUGAUUUGGUUAAACGGUUUAUAUCCGGACUCAGAAAACGCACUUUCGUCAAUGAGUUCAGUGAAAUACCCAAGAAGGUGAAAAGGAAGAAGGACGAAUCCAUCAUUUCACCAACACUCGUAAACUGUUUCAGUUAUGAUUCACUGAUAAAAGCUUUCCAGUCUCUUAAUCUUGAAGCUCAAUCAUACUGCAAGAUCGAGCCUAAAAGGCGAAAGAACACCACAGAAAACACUACUUAUACACCCACCUGGAAUGCUAACAUGAGCACCUACCCUAUUGUGAACGGACACAUGGGGGGGUUAUAUCAAGCUCCUAUAUCUCACUUCACGAAUGCAUUCUGGUCAACCGCACCAUGUUUUACUCGAAACCAUUGUGAACCGCAUGCGGGUCUUGGUCCAGCCGGGUCGGGUCACGUGCCUAAGAAAAGAGGGAGAAAGAAGAAAAACAUAGACUCGCAGGCUAACCCUGGUUCAAUUGUAAUCCCGGUGGGUCGUGUUCCAUCCGGGUUGGGUCAUGUGCCGAAGAAACGAGGGAGAAAGCGGAAAAACGUAGACUUGCAGGCUAACUCCGGUUCAACCGUAAUCACGAAUAUGAAUGAUGGCACCGAGGAAAAAACAGAAAAAAAAUUAAACGUAAAAGAAGUCGGGGUACCGUGUAUCGAUCUCAGUUAUAAAAAAGUGCAGCAAGAUAACGUAGAAGAAGUUAAAGGUACUGCCUUUUUGUUAAAGUUUUCACCGGAUCAUCCUUUACCGGCUAAUCAAGAUUUAAAUUCGGUAUUUUCAAAGUACGGAGCAUUGGUCGAAUCUGAAACGCAAGUAUUGAACGAAAAUCUUAGCGGUCAAGUCGUGUUUCGUGAUUCUUCGAGUGCUGGAGGGGCAUUUUGGGGCUUACAAAAUGAUAAACCGUUCGGGCCGGUUCUUGUUAAUUACAAGAUUCAGCAUCUUUCCAGUGAUGAAUCUGUGGCUACGUUCAAGACUCCUAUCCGGAGUCCAUCUGGGCUCAAACCGACGAAUUCGCAACCUCUCAUCGGUUCAACCAUGACGCCAAAUUUAAACACGAACUCAACUGAAAUUCAAACCGUUAAAAGAAGUAAAACGAUUGAAGAAGUUACAGGUACAGCCCUUCUUUUAAAAUUCUCCCCAAAUCACCCUUUACCGAGUUUUCAAGACUUAAAUUCGACAUUUUGUAAAUACGGGGAGUUAAACGAAUUUGAGACACAUGUUUCGGGUCAAGACUUCACGGGUCAAGUUGUGUUUGUGAACGCGUCUACUGCUGGAGACGCAAUUCAGAGACUGGAAAAGGACCAACCUUUCGGGCCAGCCCUAUUGAGUUAUCGGGUUGAUCAUUUAUAUAGUGUUCAAUCUGCGAUACGCUUUAAAAGCCCGAUAACCGUUCCUUUGGAGUUGAACUCUUGUCAAGAUCUUGAGGGUACAAAAAAGAAUCGGGUCGAUCAUUCAUAUAGUGUUCAAACUGGGAUACGCGUUAAAAGGCCGGUAAGCGUUCCUUUGGAGUUGAAACCUUGUGAAGGUCUUGUGGGUAUAAAAAAGAAUCUUGAAAUGAUGAAGUCAAUGUUGGAGAAAAAUGGGGAUAGUUUGUCACAAGAGAUGAGAGGGAAAUUGGAAAGUGAGAUUAAAGGGUUGAUGAACAAAGUGAAUGUUAUGGAUGGUUCUUCUUCUUCUUCUUCUUGUAUAUGAUUGGUGGAUGAUGGGUGUUGUGGGAUAAGGAUUUUGGAAUGUGGGUCCCUUUUCUUGUGGUUUUGUCUCUCUUUUAGGUUGUUGUUUAUGGUGUAAGUUAAAACUUAACAACCUUAUUUUGUAGUUAAUUGAGAGAGCAUUUUGAGGAGGGGGGGUUUAUGUUUUAGACAGUUAUGUAUGUAUGUUUAGUGCUUUUAGAAAUAUGAUUGUGGGAAUCAUCAUCAAUUAAAAAGACUUUUUCCAUGA